AUGGAGUUUGCUCCACGAAGCGAGCGCCAACAGCUCGCCACACUUGUGGAACAAUGGAAUGAAAACCGCCUGGAUUUAUUCCAUUUAAGUUACCCCACAGAGGAUCUCGAAAUCGAAGGAGUCAUGCGAUUCUAUUUCCAGGACGGUGGUGAAAGGGUGCUGACGAAAUGUGUUCGAGUGUCCAGUACGGCUACAACCCGUGCUGUUGUGGAAGCACUGGCUGAAAAAUUUCUUCCGGACUUAAAAAUGCUUUCUGAUGAUACUUACAGCUUAUGGGAGGUCCAUGAAAGUGGCGGCGAAAGGCGGUUGGAUGACGAAGAGAAGCCGUUGCUGGUCCAGCUAACAUGGCACCGUGAUGAUCGAGAGGGAAGAUUCCUGCUGCGCAAGAAUCGACAGGGCAAUCUUCCUCUGGCAACUAUACAGUUGCCAAGUGAUGAAGACAUAAAAAGGAACAACAAACGAUUCUCGAAAAGAGAGAAAAAAGAGAUGAAAAAGAAGCAUCAAAAGGAAAUAAUAACGGUUAAUAGUGGUCGUGAGGAGGCUGUUGGCCCAACAACUGAUCUUUACUGCCAGGUACCACCCAAUUCGUUUACCCGAACAAUUUCAAAUCCUGAAGUAGUAAUGAAGAAGAGACGAGAAAAGAAGCUCGAAACGAAGCUGAAGGAGAUGGGUCAUGGCGGAAGUUUGAAGAUUUACGGUGGUGAAUUGGUGCCGUCGCGGCCGUAUGUCACUAUUCUGGUGUCAAUGCAUGAUCGAGCAGAAAAAAUUCUCGCCGAAGCGUUGGAAAAGUAUGCCAUAGAUCCUAACCACGCAUCAGAUUACGUUCUGGUUGAGCUGAUGACGUCGCAAUCAACCAGCCAUAGUCUUUCGGAUUUGCGUGAUGUUUCGUCUGAAGGUCGUAUUGUGGAACCCGAUGAGGCUCCGCUGAUGCAAAUGGCCUCAAGAGGGCAUGGGCAUCCGGAAAUUUAUCUGGCACUAAGAAAAAAGCCUACUGGAUACCGAGGUUCUCGUGUCAUCGUCCACGACUCUUCUGCACAAAAUGCAUCUGUUGAAACAUUAAAUUCCAUCCCUUCGUCUCCUAGAAAUCCUCAGCUACAUUUCCUCGCUCUGGAUGGUUCGCCGAUGAAUCCACCAAGGUCUUUGUCGCUCAGCGCUGGAGUUACAGAAGUUGGCAGCGAGCGGGCUUUGGCACAAUUUUCGGCUCAGAAUAUUUGCCUCGAUGGACCUGAAAUGCGCGGAAGACAUUGUGUGAUAACGUUUAUGGAUGGUGUGGUUACAAUAACUCCAAGUGCUGCAGACGCCAUUAUCGAGGUAAAUAAUCGAAGAAUUGGACAGACAGAAAUUCUUAGAGAUGGUGACUUGCUCCGAAUAGGACAAGUAAACCUGUUCCGAUUCCUGAGCAAUAGCAAGCCCCGAGAUAUUGGUCAGCUUCAUCAUUCCGACUACAGCACGCUUUCCCAUGCGAUGAACGCUGCCAGCCUCUCCGGCGCGUCCUCAACCACGCGAUCUCAGGGUGACCCGGUCAGCGCUGGAAUGAGCUCAUCGGUUCAAACGUUGGCGCCGAUGGGAUCAUCACAAACUCCUAAUGCUACAGGACCUUUGCCAUCCAAUGCAGUCACGAAUCUUCCCGUUACGCUCCAAAUAGGAGACUACAAAGUUUGGGACUAUUUGGUAGAAGUUAUGUCACGCGGUUGGUUGGAUGCUGGUCCAUUCCGCCUAUCUCCUGCAUAUUCGUUGUACCUUGCGUUGCGAUUCUUCCAGUCACAUUCGAAACCGUAUUUAGUCCAGUUCUUCACACGAAUUGCUCACCAUAUGAAUCAAAUAUCACAGGAAUGUACGUCCCGUGACGAGCUUUUGUUUUGGUUGGCCAACGCCAGUGAAUUAUCGUUCUUAGUGGAUCGAGACGCAGAAUUGAGGACACCGAGAUCUGGACAGUUAGGAACGGUAGUGGAAACUGUUUUCCGACGAUUGUGCACGAUAUUGUUGGGCGCACUUCGUCCAGCAUGCAAGCCAAUGCUGGACGUGAACAUCCCGAUUGAAGAUGGAAGUAAUGAACUGUUAACUCUUCUUGAUGGCACGCUUCGAGCAGCUCGAGCUUCUCGUCUUAAUGCAGCGUUGACUAUUCAGCUGUGCAGUCAUGUUCUUCAUGCGAUGAACGCAACUCUUUUCAACUCGUUGGUGGGAGUUGCCUCCAAUCCUGUUCAUUUGACGACGCGUCUUGGGAAGUGCCUGCAAGCAAGACUAGCGGCUAUUCAUGGAUGGGCAGAACAAAUGGGUGUUGAAUUAGCAGCUGAAUGUCAUUUGGAUAGAACACGUCAGGCUGCCGCUCUUUUGGCUGCGCAGAAGAACGAUGUCGCAGCUCUUGGAGCCACAUGCUACAAGCUGAACAGUCUUCAAGUUCAUUAUCUGCUCUCGCACUUCUCUGCUCAAGAUGGUGAAAUACCCUGUGAUAACGAUGUAAUUUCACGUGUUGUCAGUCUCUCGGAGCGACAAGCAGACGCAUUGACAUUACAGGACGGUCAUCCGAUAACGCUAGCCGAGUCAGAGCAACUGCUUCUCCCAUUUCUGUUGCCUCAAGACGGUUACACUGCUGAGCAACUUAAAGGAGUUCCAGACGGUCUUGUACAGUACCUAUUGUCGUUGCAAGACAAAGGAUUGUGUCAUUCGGUUUCAGUACUGGAAUCAGUGUCUCCAACCUGGAGGUCGUCCCCAACUAACCAACGACCAGCAGUUCCAUCUAUUCAACAGACUUCGCCUCCUGCACCUAAUAAAUCGGCGGUUGUUCGAAGUUCUUCGCAAUCCACACUCACAAGCUUACCUACCACACAAUUUGGUGACAGUUUCGGUAGCAUGGGUGAGGAUAUUAUUAGAGUGGUUCUGAAACGAGGAAGCGGUGGAAUCGGACUGAGCAUUGUGGCAGCUCAGGGAGUCGGUGAUCGACAGGUUGGGAUUUAUGUGAAAAAAGUCGUACCAGGGAGCCCUGCUGCCUUGGAUGGUCGCCUGGCAGCUGGUGAUCAAUUAAUGACGGUUAACGGUCAAUCAUUGCUAGGAAUUUCCCAAGAAGAAGCAGCUGAAUACAUGGCCCGUGCUGGUGCUGAAGUUCGCUUCGACGUCCGUAAAGGUGCGGCGCUUCGUAACGGACUCUCUGCAUGGUUAUGUCAACCGCCUUCUGCCAUACCCGGUGCAACUGGACAAAUGCAGCAGAGUUCUUUCACGGUGCAACAACAAUCAACACAUCCUCUUCCAAACUUCACCAACUCAAAUUAUUCUAAUUAUGCUCCGCUGCCAAGCUACGGUAGUCAGAUGUCGGUUCAAACAACAAACAGCUAUCAAAAACACCAACCGGUCCCGAAUGUUCGCACGUCGGCCUUCGCUCCGGUGUCUGUUGCGGCGGGCGGUGAGCCAAGUCGACACGUUCGAUCCGUAUCAGCAUCCGAUCUCUACCAAAGCGAUCCGAACGCAUCUUAUUCUCAACGCUCGAUCACUGGUUCAACAACAGGCGUAAGCGGUUUCGAUCGACUUCCGGCUCAUUACAGGCAUUCUAAUAGACCUACGGUAAUCCAGCCAGGAAGGCCCUCGGCAUCAUCACCGUCUGCGUUGAGACGAGGAGCGCAAUCACCUGUUUCCUUGUAUCGACCACCUAGCUCUACGAAUCUGUUCGCUCCACCAAGAUCACCGAAUCCACUUCAACAACAGGGCUAUAGCAGCGCCGGCACCCGAGAAAGUAAUCAUGACCUGUACAGGACGAGCCAGCAGUCUUCCCCACCAGCAGCUCACUCUUCACCUCGUGAAGAGCAUCGUAUGUCGACUAAUUCAGGCCUUCCACCGAGCAACACAAACUAUUCGUCUUCCCUCCCUUCCCCGCUCAAUCGCUCCAACUACGCCAGCACGAACUGGAACCAGCCCCAGCCCCAGCCCCAGACUCGGAACAUACCGAUAGUUCGGUAUCAUCCUAGAGGACCGACAUCACCGACCGCAGUCCCGAAUGGGAAUGUUGGUGGUCACGGAAAGCCGCCAAGCUACAACAGCGCUACGGCAACACGUUCCCCGGAAUCUGUCAUCAUACGACCUGUAGAGCUACAAAUGCCAAGAGAUGAUGUGAACGGCGCAGUAGUUCGACGUCGGGAUGAAUCUCGAUCUACAACCACUUUUGGAGUGAUGGCUCCAACAGCUUUCACACAGGCACUACAAGCUGGAGGAGCGCAUGAAGCACGCGUUAUUUUGGCUCCGCCACGUUCUUCAGGCAUCGACCGAGAGUUACGGAAUUUGGAAAGGACCAACACUGCGUUAUUGACACGAGACGCGGUCAACGAAGAGUUGGAUCGUUUGGAUGCAAAAGGGAUUAAUAUGACUGAAGAGGAAACGAGACGAUACAGAGAGUUACUGAACUUCACAUCGGAGCAUUCACGAGGACGUGAUCAAAGAACCGCAGCGGUUAUUGCACCAACCACCGCCACUUCGUACAGUUCCGUUGACACAGCGAGAUCAUCAACAGGAAAUCGUACGGAAACGUUGAUCGACGACGUGGAUGUGAGCCCUGGACGAAGUGCUAUGCGCGAAAACAUCUCUCCUGGAGAAAUCUACGACCGAAAAAGUGUCCAGUUCAAAGAGAUGAUCUCUAUCAAAGAAACGGAAAUAUUAGAUUCCCCUUCAAUUUACGGAACGAAUGAAAUCUAUAGGGAUCCGCGACAGCAGCGGUUAAACGAGUUACAGGAACGACAAGAAUCGCAUUCACGUGUCCCAGAUGGUUUAGGAUUCCGUGAUAAAAUGCGAAUCUUUGCGACACAGUUGGGCGAAGGAACGCCGAAAUCUCGGUACAGUACCAGCAGCGCUGAACGACAAAUCCAGAAUGAUCAAUAG